GCAGCGGCCGUGAACGCAGCGCCGCCCUGACACACGGGACGACAACAAGAUGCGAUAGUUUACCUUUCUAUCCUGCUGCGACCCAUGCCACCUACACUACCGUGUGCUGCUGUAUUCUCCUGACCGCUCACGCGAAUGUCGUUCCUGUGGUUAGUAGGUUAGUGACGGGAUAAAGGCAAACAUGCAGUUUUCUCCCACCAACGGAGACUUCACGUUCGUCUCUUCCUCUGAAGCUGAAGAACUGAGCGGCACCAUCAGCACCCCGGACGUGAAGCUGAACAUGAGCAGCGACGGCGGCAGAGACCCGUACGCCACCACCUUCCUGAGGCAGCGCGGCUACGGCUGGCUGCUGGAGGUGGAGGAGGACGACAGUGAGGAGAGCAAGCCUCUUCUGGAGGAGCUGGACAUCGAUCUGAAGGACAUCUACUACAAGAUCCGCUGUGUGCUGAUGCCCAUGCCGUCGCUGGGCUACAACCGGCAGGUGGUCAGGGACAACCCAGACUUCUGGGGCCCCCUGGCCGUGGUGCUGCUCUUCUCCAUGAUCUCCAUCUACGGACAGUUCAGGGUUGUGUCUUGGAUAAUCACCAUCUGGAUAUUUGGAUCCUUAACCAUCUUCCUGCUGGCUCGCGUCCUCGGUGGUGAGGUUUCCUACGGUCAGGUCCUGGGAGUGAUCGGAUACUCCCUUCUGCCUCUCAUCGUCAUCGCCCCGCUGCUCGUUGUGAUCGGAGGAUUUGAGCUGGUUUCUACACUCGUCAAACUGUUCGGCGUGUUCUGGGCUGCGUACAGCGCCGCCUCGCUCCUCGUCGGGGAUGAAUUCAAAACGAAGAAGCCCCUCCUCAUAUAUCCCAUUCUCCUUUUGUACAUCUACUUCCUGUCACUAUAUACUGGAGUGUGACUGGACGAGUCAGAACUGUGGACCUUUUCGUGGACAGUGACCCUGCUGCAUUUGGGGAAUAGAGUCAAACAACACCAGGACCUUUUUAAAAAAGAUGUUUAUUUCUCUUUUUUUUUUUUUAACUGUUAAAUUCUAGACAUGGGGGUGUGGGAAAUAUCUAUCAUUGUAUAUAGUUGUGUUCCUCCUGUCUUUGGUCAAUAAAAUGCUUAUGAUUUUGCAGCUUUAA